AUGAAAAGUAAAGUGGAUAAUUCAAGUUAUUCAGAUUUGAAAGAAAAGGAGAGAAAAAAAAGAAAGCUUACUAAUGUUAAUGACGAUUGUGGAUUUUUCAAUUUUGGAGUUCAAGGAGAAACAAUUAAAUCUGGAGAGUAA